AUGGAGAGAAGACGCCCUUCAUGCAGCGACUCACUGCCUCGCAGUGAAGCACAGAUACGCUUGUUCCCCGAGAAAUUCGACGAAUCGUCCACGGACGAUAGACAAAAGUUACCACCUGUCGACGGAGGUUUCCAGGCAUGGAUGUUCCUGAUGGCUUGUGUAAUGUUGGAGGCUUUGAUAUGGGGAUUUGCUUUUGCAUUCGGAGUCUUUCAGAAAUACUAUCACGCCCAUGAAGCCUUCCAGGACUCUAACAUGGUAGCUGUUGUUGGAACAUGUGCUACAGGAAUAUCCUAUUUGAGCUGUCCACUAGUCAUUAUUGCUAUGAUCCUUCUUCCUCAAUGGGGACGCUGGUUCUCAUCUAUAGGAGUGAUAAUAAUGUGUCUUUCCCUAGCACUGGGUUCAUUUUCUUCCAAUAUCACUCACCUAGUCCUCUCCCAAGGAGUCGGCUUCGGCAUCGGCGGGUGUAUAGCAUACAGUCCAUCCAUCCUGUACAUGGACGAAUGGUUCGUCCACCGACGAGGACUCGCGUUCGGCAUAACCUGGGCUGGCUCAGGAGUAUCCGGGAUCAUAUUCCCGAUUGGGUUAGAGAAGCUAUUGAAUCGCUACGGAUUCGAAACGACUCUUAGGGUCAUCUCCGUGGUGGUGUUCGUUCUCGCUGCACCUUUUAUCUACUUUCACAAACCCCGGCUUCCGGUCAGAAAAACAGUCGACUAUCAACGUCUGAACUUCCGCUUCCUUACCAGCAGGAUAUUUUGCGUCUACCAACUCGGCAACAUCAUGGAGGCAUUGGGGUUCUUCUUGCCCGGAAUUUAUCUGCCGACUUAUGCCCGUAGCAUCGGCGCCUCGGAUUUUCUCUCCUCGCUGACCAUCACGCUUUUGAAUCUGGCGUCGGUUUUCGGGAGUGUUACUAUGGGCCAUCUGGCGGAUCGAUACCAUGCUGUCACCUGCAUUACCAUCUCGACUGUCGGCAGUACACUGGCUGUAUUCUUCCUCUGGGGAUUUGCGACAACCCUGCCCACAUUGUUCGUCUUUUCGAUCGCAUACGGUUUGUUUGCAGGCUGUUACUCGGCGACAUGGUCGGGGAUAACUCACGAGGUCCGACGGAUCGACCCGUCCGCCGACGCAACCAUCAUCUUCUCGGUUAUUGCCUUUGGACGAGGAAUUGGAAAUGUCGUCAGCGGCCCCUUGAGCGAGGCUAUACUCGAGGUAGAUCCGUGGAAGGGCUCCGCAGCAGCGGGCUAUGGCAGUGGAUAUGGGCUGAUCAUCUUCCUCCUCCUGGCCGGAGUCACCGCCACCUCGGCCGCCACUACUACUGCUGCCGCAGGCGCAGCCUCAACCUGCGUGCCCUCAUCUUCUGAUACCACUGUCCUCCAAUUCGCCCUAGGAGUCUCCAACUUCAUCGGCGGCUGGUACAACUCGACCGUGAACAGCACCUUCGGCAACACCAACAACGCCACCCUUCUAGCUUAUCAGAAGAUCCUCUUCGGCCUGGAGAAGGACAACACGCUAUCCAGCGCCGCCAUCGAGAAAGUCGGCGCCAAGGCCCCCGGCUUCACCGCGCCCCAGUGCACCUACGUUUUCCCCGAGGUGAACACCACCCAGACCUGGGCACAGUGGGCCUACCGCUUCGAAGACACCGUCACUGGUGCCUUCAUCGGUCUUGCCGGCUAUUCCGACUCCCCCGAGGUCUCCUUCCUCCUGGCUCGUCUGGCUGCUGAGCACAGCGCGCACUCUGCUUUGAUUGGCAGCCGUGUGAACUCUACCUACUUUGCCCAGAACACUACUUCUCUGGUGGCGGCUUACGGCCCGGCUCAGAUCUUGUCUACUCGUAACCAGACUGGUAGCCUUGGCGCGUAUCUGGGUGGUUGUCUUACUGCCCCUACUAGCCCUUGUGGCACGCUGAGAAUCGGACCUUUGGAUGCUACUCCCUCUCCUUCCUCUUCCGGUGUGGCGAGCACCAGCUUGGCUGCUGCCAAGAAGGCUUAG